GUCCUCCGAUAUGGACGAUCUAUUUGGGCUUCGCAAUAACCCAUUCGGACUACCCGCCGUUAUAUAUAAUAGAAUUCAAAUAAUUUUUAAUAAAAUUUUAUUAAUACAAACGUUUCCUUAUAAUCAAAAAAAGUAAUAGGAAUGUGUACAAUAAAUAUUUUUAAAUUUCGAUGAAGCAAUGCUUCUAAAUCUCCCCGAUUUUUAAUACCUCUAUCUCCCUGCAACUUUAUAGAAAAUAUGUUUUUAAGUUGCAGGAAGGGACGGACAAUAAUUCGCGAUAAUUGUGAACUGAGAUUAUGCCUCGACGAACAUCGAACAUAUGGAAUUACUUCGAACUGAUAAAUACAGAUGGGAAGAAAACUACAAAGUGUAAUUUCUGUCGACAAUAUUUGGGAAACAACGCUACAAAGCUUAAAAAACAUUGUUUGAGUGCAUGUAAACUAUGUCCGGAAAAUGUUAAAAUGACAAUUCAAUAUGAAACUAAAAGAGAAGUUCCUAUCACUGCAGCUAUUUCUUUAUCGGCACCCUGUCAUGUACCAUCAACAUCUUCGCAAAGUCUAAUUCCGUUGAUUCCAGUGUCCUUUAAUACUGAGGAAAACUCGUCGUCAGCAUCGUUCUCAUUUUCCCAGGAAUCGACACAGCAUUCAUCAAAUGUUAUUUCUCCGAAACAAAAGAAGGAAAUAGAGCUCUGCCUAGCCCGAGCUAUUUAUGCUCCCGGGUACAUCACUCGAUAUUUUAGAAUCCAGUUUUUGGCAAAAAGCAAGCGCUGCACUAAAUCCUUCAUUCAGUUCCUACGAGAUACAUCAUUAGCAAUACUUUGCUAGAUUCUGAGUAUGAACGCAUAUGAAGAAAAACCUCAUAUUAUUAAUCAAGCAGGCGCUCUCGCGCUAGUGAUGGACAGCUGGCGUGACAUAAAUGGUAAAGGCACUAUAAAUUUCACAAUCAAAAUACCAAAAUCUGUAUUAUAUAAAUGUGUAUAUACUGGAUUAAAGCGUGAAACUUCUACUUAUUUAUUUACACAACUAAACAGUAAUAGACGAAAUAGGUCCAUCAAAGUUUGUAGCAGUUAUUACCGAC